AUUGUCUCCCUUAGUUUGACCCCUGAAGAACAAUGUCUACAACAAGAUUUAUUCUUCUUCUCAUCCCCUUAGUUAUCUUUCAUGGUGAUCUUCAGCAAGUGGCUGCAGCCUUAUCCUCUAAAGCCUCCAGCCAUGAAGAAAUCAUAGAUUUCACUGAUUUUACCACUCAAGAUUUACAUGUAAGCAAGCCACCUGUUGUUCAUGGAGAGAAAGAUGUGGUGGUUUUGACUGGAAAGAAUUUCAGCAGUUUCAUAGCCGAGAAUAAAUAUGUGAUGGUUCUCUUCUAUGCCACUUGGUGCGGUUGGAGCCAAAAAAUGGUACCGGAAUUUGAAGCAGCUGCCACUUUGUUGAAGGGUGAUCAGGUGGCUUUUGCAAAAGUUGAUGCUACCAGGGAAAGUGAGUUGGCAGUGAAGUAUAAAGUUUCUGGAUAUCCCACAGUGUUUUUGCUUGCGGGUAGAGUUUGUAAGCCUUAUGACUCUAAAAGAACUAGGAAUGAGAUUGUGAGCUGGGUAAGGAGCAAUAUUCGUGUUCUCAAUGUAACAGCAAACGAUGAUGCAGAACCUAUUUUGGUGACCACUUUUACAGAAGAAAGAGCUCCACUAAUUUUUCAAAACUCACUAAAACAGUUAUGGCUUUUUGACACUAAAAGUGGAUCAAAGGAGGUCAAAUCUGCAUUUGAAGAGGCAUCCAAAGCACUCGGACAAGAGCUUCUCUUUGUCUAUGCAGAGAUAAGCGAUGAUGAUAUGGGGAGACGACUUGCAGCUCAUUUUGAAUUAACUGGAGAUACUCCAAGGAUUAUAGCAAGGAGUAGACAUGGUAACAAAUAUGUAUUCAAUGGUGAUAUAACCGCAAGCACAAUUAAGUCAUUUGGUGAGGAUUUCUUGGAUGGCAAGCUUCCUUACGCGUCGAAUCUGAUUCCAGAGCAAAUUCUUAGGCUUCACACACCUUCUCAUGCCUCAGAUCCAACUUCCUUUCCACAUAUAGCCUAGACCUAAAGGAAGGAAUGCAAAAGGAAAUUAUGUUUGUCAGUAAUUUCAAAGCAAUGGCCUGUUCUCCAUUGUUUAUGUUAGAGGAUAUUGU